AUGCUGGUGAACGACUGUGUCUCCAUCAACAGAAACAUUCUUCCUAUGGAUGAUUUUAAGAAGGUGAAGAAGCAAGUUCAGGAACAUAACGACCACAAUGGCAUUGGAUGCACGGAAUUCGAGAUCUUGACUUGCACAGCAUUCAUGAUCUUUGCCAUGGAGCAAUUGGAAUUGGCUCUUGUGGAGGUGGGCCUCGGGGGCAGGCUUGAUGCUACCAAUGUUCUUUCAGAAGAUGACGUGCUUGUGAGCGGAAUCACAAAAGUGGGCAUAGACCACGAGUCUUUUCUUGGAAGCACCAUCUAUCAGAUCGCCAGUGAAAAGGCAGGGAUCAUUAAAAAGGGAGUUGACUGUGUGGUUGAUCUGACAAAUCACAGAGACGCAAUGGAAGCUAUUCGGGCCAAGGCGAGCGAGGAAGGCUCUCCAUUGCAUGAAGUGACAUCCACUGCUUUGACGAGGAGGCUCAUUGAACUUUCGCCAUUGAAGGGUAAUUACCAGGAGCAGAACUUGGCGGUGGCAUUGGAAAUUGUCUCGUUACUCAAAGAGAAGCACUCUUUUCAGAUCAGUGAUGAGGCGAUCAAGAGAGGUAUCAAGAACACCACCUGGCCAGGAAGGCUUCAGACGAUCAAGGAACCCAAAACUGGCAUUGAACUACUAAUCGAUGGUGCCCAUAACGAAAGCGCUGCCAUUGAGUUGGCAGGGUUCCUAGAUGGCUACAGAGAGGGCAAAGGCAUUAUCUUUGUUGUUGCACUUACAAAGGGCAAAUCCGUCGAAAACCUUCUCAAGUUCAUUGUCAGACCGGGAGAUAAGGUCAUUCCCAUGGAGUUCCUGCAACCUGAAGGUAUGCCCUGGGUCCACAGCUAUAGUAGAGAGUACGUGGGUCAAGAGGCUAAAAAGUAUGCUGAAUUGGAGCAAACCGGUAUCAGCAACACCGAUGAACUUUUCGCAUAUUUGAAAAAGCUCAAAACUCAAGGUGACGACAGAAAAGUGGUUGCUUGCGGCAGCCUCUAUCUUUGUGCUGAUAUAUUACGAGCCGUUAACUACGCACCUACGCAUUGA